AUGCCACGCUCCCGGGGGGACAAGGGGACCCCCAAAGACACUGAGAGCCCUGGCAAAGUGGGGGAGGGGGGGGACAAAGCCCCCAAAGCCCCCGACGACGUUGGGCCUCCGGCCACCAAGAGCCACGGGCAGAAGAACAGCAAGAAGGGUCCCAGGGACCCCCACGCUGCUGCUGCCACCAAGAGCUACUCACCCUUCCUCAACAGCGUCUUUGGGAAGGAGCGGGAGCUGUCGCCAGAGGAGCUGGACGAGCUGCUGGACGCCUUCAAGGAGUUUGACACGGACCAGGACGGGUACAUCAGCUACAAGGACCUGGGCGCCUGCAUGCGCACGCUGGGCUACAUGCCCACCGAGAUGGAGCUCAUCGAGAUCUCCCAGCACAUCAAGAUGAGGAUGGGCGGCCGCGUGGACUUCGAGGACUUUGUGCAGAUGAUGGGGCCGAAGCUGAGGGAGGAGACAGCUCAUAUGGUGGGAGUGAGGGAGCUGAAGAUCGCCUUCAGGGAGUUCGACGUGAACGGGGACGGGGAGAUCAGCAGCGGGGAGAUGCGAGAGGCCAUCGCUGCGCUGCUGGGGGAGCAGCUGAAGGCACAGGAGGUGGAUGAGAUCCUGCAGGACGUGGACCUCAACGGGGAUGGGCACGUGGACUUCGAUGAGUUCGUGAUGAUGUUGUCGUCGCGGUGACACCGCGCUGAGCCGCCC